UAGUCAAGUAUUAGAUCGAUCUAAUACUGAAAGAAAGCAGCAGACGAAGAAGAAGAAGAGUGAAGUAUAUAGAGGAAGAGAAAAAUGGGGAAAGCAUCGACAUCGUCAACGACCAAGGACGCGCUUGUCCUCUUCAAUUCUCUUCGCUCAGCUUACUCUGCAACUCCCACCACUCUCAAGAUCAUUGAUCUCUAUGUUGGUUUUGCUGUGUUCACAGCUCUCAUCCAGGUAGUUUACAUGGCUCUCGUCGGAUCAUUCCCAUUUAACUCUUUUCUCUCAGGAGUACUUUCUUGUACAGGGACAGCAGUCCUCGCUGUUUGUCUCCGUAUUCAAGUGAACAAAGAAAACAAAGACUUUAAGGAUUUACCACCAGAACGGGCUUUUGCAGAUUUUGUUCUCUGCAACUUGGUGCUGCACUUGGUCAUUAUGAAUUUCCUCGGAUAAGUUAGCAUCUUUUGGUCUUCAUUGAUUCUGUUUCCUGGAACAAUGAUGAUAAGAUAUGAUCCUAAAGAAGUUUAAGAAUUUGAUGCGGUAACUUUUUCUUGGUAGUUUUAUUUUGUUUGGUAAACUUUACAUGAUAAGUUAUGUAGCCACAAUAUGCGAAAAAUGAACCUGCAAUAGUAUCUGUCUUUUAUUACAUUAUCAGGAUCUAUUCCUUAAAUAGUUUAUUGGAACUGUUUUUAUUACAUUACUGGUUGCUGUGGAUUUUGUUCAUUCUAGAGAUGGUUAAACUUGUAUCUGCCAGACCAUUUUAAUGCUCAGUUAGUAUUUAGCAUUUGAUCGGA